AUGAACGUGUCGACGCAAAUCACCGUCGGUGUCUUGGUUCCGGUGGUGGUAGCGUUUGCGUGUGUUCUCUUCUACUUCCACCGCAGGAAUGUUAGACGCCAAGCGUUGGAGGAUGCCAAUGAGGCUCACAAAUCAUUGGAUUUCGGUGUGGGAGAUGCGGGCAGUUCCAAGUCGAAGCGCAAGAGUGCUCUGGGUCUCGGUGGGGAGAAGUCAAAGAAGACCCGUGGUCUGUCACUCGACAUGAACCUGUCGAGCCCUUACCUGCUGCCUGAGCACGUCCAAGGCUCUCGAGAGUCGAUGAAUUCCCUCGCCAAAACGCUGCAUCAGCCCGACGACCCAUACCGACCGAUCGCCACCUACAUGAGCGAGACAGGCUCCAUCCGCUCCUUCGAAAAGUCCAGCCGAUACACGCCCUCGAUGACCACAACCUCAACGAAGCGCGUAUCCCGCCAGUCCUACGCCUAUCCCAAGUCCCCCGGCUACCCACAGCCUACCCCUCUGCGACAGAACUCAUACCCCAAGUCACCCUCUCCUCUGACACCCAGUGCUUCGUCGUCAGUGACUGCUGUUGAGUCUCCGGCCUCCGAAUUUGUACCAUCGGCUCCCGGGAAGGAACCGACUGUCCCGGAGCAUGAGCCUAUGCCGCAUCACGAUACUUCUUCCCCCGUUCCUGUCAUCCCCGAAAUCCAACAGCCUGCUCCGGUGGCACAGAGGGGUGCUCCUGAGCCAGUGAAGGAAUUGAACAUGCCCGACUUCUCAGUAAGCCACACCAGCAAGGAAUCGGUUGAUGAGCUCGCGAUACGGUCAACCACCAACAGCAGCCUCGGCCUCGGCGUGUUGGACGGUCCCCAAGCCCCCAAGCAAAACUCCCCGUUCGCCGAGGUUGCCGUCAAUGCCGGUCCUGGUCACCAAAGUGUUUCUGCCGCAAUCGAGUACACCGACGACUAUGCCGACUACAGCUUCCCUCCGGCGAUCCAGGAGCCUCAAGAAGAGGAGGAGCGUGGACGUGGACGUGUUCGCGAGAGCGCUCUCGGUGUUCCGGUGCAGAACAGCAACCGCCUGUCCAUUGGAUUCCGGCCUCUGCCGCCAGAUGAGGUGAUAGAGUCUGAGGACCCAGAGACACGGGCUAACCGCAUCCGAUCCUUCUACAAGGAAUACUUCGAGGACAAGGACCCCAACAGACAGACACAGUACGCCCCGGGUGGUGCAAACCAACUGGGAGAUGGUGCCUACUUCGACCCUGAUUCGAACCAGUUCAUCAUGCCAUACGCGCAGCCUGUUGGCCGUCGUGCGAUGACGCCUCCUCCAUCUGGAUCCCGCUUCCCCGGCCCGCGUGGCCCUGGUCCUCGUGGUCCUGGGCCAAGGGGUCCGGGAUCGCCUGGACCCAGAGGGCCAUUCCGCGGCCGCCCCCAUGGAGGUUCCAUCAGCGGCAUGAGCAUGCCACGUGCUGUCUCGGCCAUGUCUUUUGGACCACGACCUGACUCGUCUGCCUCCGCCCGUGCUCCUCGCUCCGGUUCCGCCAUGUCCGGAAGGCCCCGGAAGCCCAUGCCUCCUCCCGCUGCCUUGAACACCCUGCCCACCCCAUCCAAGCUCACGGACGACCACUUCUCCCUUAUCAACGCGGCCGACUUCGCUCCCCCAGAGAGCUUUAGCGAACGCGCGUCCGGAAGGUCCCAGAGUCCUCUCGGCGAGCGUCGCCCAUACGCGCCAAAGCUCCCCGCUGCCUCACCACUAGUGAGCACGUUCGACGAGAUGGCCGCUCUUCCCAGCCCUCACAUCCUGCGGAAGUCCAGCACAUUUACCGGCCUUGACUUCGCUCCACCACGCAAGUUCAAGGACCCCGACACGAUGAGUGACGCGGGCUCCAUCCGGUCCAACCGCAGCGGUGUGUCGCAAGCAGCCAGCUACGCCAUGCGCAGCGGUGCUGGCCGUGUCAGCCGUCUGCCCGGAGAUGUCAUCUUCACUCAAGAUUCAGCAAUGGAUUCACUGAAGCCGACGUGGAACAUUGGUGGUGUAGACACGAAGAAGCAGUCUUAA